AUGUCAAUAUGUUGUAUGACUUGUACCACGAUUAACUGACAUCGUUUCUAUGGGGUGGUGCCCCAUACGGUUGCGACAAAUGGAUUAUUUUUUAGAAAAUUUUCAUUUUUUAAAUCGUUGGGGCAAAAGUCCUUUGGUUUGCCCCAACGACUUUAACCUUGAAUAACUUUUGAAUAGGCAGACAAAGAGACUUAAUUCCUGAGGAUGAAAUCAUCCUAAUUUUUAGCUUGAUUUUUUAAGCUAAAAAUCUCGAGUGUACUAUUUCGAAAAUUAAAAUGUUUAUUUUGAAGAAUAUCUCCAAAAUAUAAGUUUUUCAGGAAUUUCGAAGCCAAUUCUUAUCUCACAAAAUUUUAGAAUAUACCAAACUGAUCGUAUUAUCUAGACCGAUCGAUUGACACCCCACUGGAGGGUGUGAGAUCACUUGGUCCGGAUUUGACCUAGGGGGUCAUCUUAAUCCUCCAACUUAGCAACGGUCCACUCACACCAUUUUGUCAGUACAUAAUAAUUAAAAUUUAAUUUCUUCAAAAAUGAAAAUUUGUGUUGGAAACAAUUCAUUUGUCGCAACAUGUAUAGAAUGAUAAAGUGUCAAAUAAUAUUGGACUUGUACCAUUUCUCCGAAUUUUUGGUUGGUAUGGCAACAAGUCCGUAGCAAAUUUCACCAUUUGUGACAAAUAUUUCAAAAAUAUUUUUAUAAUUUUUGCCUGAUCAAUUCUGUCACUUUUCUACAAUCAUCUCAUAUGAUGCUCCAUUCAAAUUAAUAAUAAUAGAUAUAGAGCAAUUAGGACUCUCCAAAUAUGGAUAGGCUACCAAAAAUCGUCGUUCCGGCAUCGCCACCCUCAUCCCCUCGGACUCCUCGGCGACGAAAGGCAACAUACUGGGAGCUAAACCAACGCCGAAUAAAAAUGACUCAACACCAGCGACUGGCCAGAGGUCCGUUCCAAGAGCAACACCCUUUGAAGGCAUCUUUCUCCAGAGGUGAUGCCGAGCCGAUCGGAGACAAAGUCCACCAGAUGGAAGUCAUUUUUCAGAACCAUGGACCAUUUCCACACUCCUCUCAGAAUAAUGUAUCUUGUCUGCGAAAUCAAAGUCUUGAUCGAAAGGGGGAUAAGGUGACCCCGGAUCACAGCUCGUCUCCCAACAUUGGCGUCGUCGACACCUUAGUUGACAAUACAAAUAUGCAAAAAGAAAACGAGACAGUUUCGGAAGAGUACUUUCCCCUCUUUAAUCAACCUCAUUUUAUGGAGAUGGAAGAAGAUUGUGACGACGAGGGAAGAAUAGCAGAAAGUGAGGAAGAUGUCCCACAUCCCGUCGAGCAAGAAGAAACGCUCACUGAAUUUAAACCAUGCAUAAAAGUCCCGUCAGUCAUGGUCAUGAAGGAAGACGGGCUAAAGUUCAAGGGAACGUUGCGUAUAGAUAACCAGUCCCCCAUGUAUUACGGAUUUAUGAUAAAGACCAACACCUCAGCCAGAAACAUUUACUCGGCUUCUCCAAAUUUUGGAUCUGUACCACCUUUAAGUUCAGCAGAAAUUGAGUUCCACAUCGCUGAGCCGUACUACACUCAACUUCUGGCCAGACACGAUCGCAUCGUGAUUCUGGGGUUUGGGGUGCCAAGGCGUUUGGAAACCGAUGUCCUUAAACAAUACAUGAAGAAAAUGUAUUUCCAAUACCCUGAAGUCGUCGAGCGUGCCAUUGUCAAACCCAUUCUAGAAGAAAACUGUCACUCUGAUGACGAUGCAAAACUCGCAUCGAAAUUUUCCUUCAAUCAAAUAGUUCACGAGAUACACGGAGCUGAAAUUAUCAUCCGAAAUAUUGCUGCAGAGAUCCGUUGGCAAAAACAGUUUAAGCAGGGCAUCAUGGUAAUGAUGAUUUUAUUGCUGUUCGUGGUUGGAUUUAAUUCCAUAUUUCUAAAAACUGAGAAACGGAUUGAUUCAAAUAUGAAGUCUGAAAGCUACAGCUACAAGUUUACUGAUUGGUUUGAUGUCUACUGAAAAGGUCAUAGAAAAAGAAACACAAAACGGUUUUAAAAUAUGCAUGUCAAAAUAAUAUACUUCUCAAUUGUUAGCAGAUAAUGAAUACAGAUUUUUCUCUAAUCGUAAUCAGAUUAAUGAAUAAACAGCAUUCUGCAAGUAAA